UGUGGCUGUCGUCCAUUCGUCCUCUCAUUCGGUUGACUGUGUAACGUGGUUUGGUACGACAGACAGGAUACCGCUGUCCUGAAUUCCCAACGCGGCGACCACUUAGCUUUCGCCGUUUUUUCCUCUCGAGCACCCCCGAAUCUCCUGACACCCAGUGCUUUUAUUUUUUUUGUUGUCUCUUUUUUUUGGGGCCCUCCUCCCCCUUCCGUCCGUCCUGGGGUCUCCUGCCGGCUGGUGGCUCACCGAUACUUCAUUAUUGGGAUUUACUUUUCCUUUUUCUUCCUUUUUUUCUUACCCUUUUUUUUUCUCCCAUCCUCCCCUGUCCGGACCUUUGUUCCGGUUCCCUCUCGGACUUCGUGAUUUCUACCGGUCUUGUCAGAAAGCUCUGACUCGCCAGAGAUCAUGGCGGCGGAGUCCGGGAGGUCACCUUAUCCCAAUGGGACCUCUGGUGGAUCUCGUAUGGCCCACGGAGAUGAGGCUGCCUUGUCUGCACAACGCCGAUCUGCCAGUGAAAGUGACAUGAUAGAAGUGCCACGUUCAACCUUUCGAUCCCAAGCCCAGGGCUCCGCCGCGUCACAGCUGCCUAAGUUCUCGCAUGCGGUUCCUGGCGUCUCCGCCUCAACGUCUACCACCAACUCGACUAUAUCCUCCCGCGAGUCCUCCCCCGUCCGCUCCUCUCGUCCGCGCAAGACCAGUGCAACCCCCCGUCACACUUCCUCUCGAUCUCGCAAAGGCAGCAUCGAUCGCAGUCCCAAUCGUUCCAUUACAACAACGAAUACUGGUUCUGGCACGCUCCCCUCCGCCACGGUCGUACAACGAGCGCUGUCCCAGAACAGCAGACCUCCCGUCCUCAGCCCACCCCCCAAUGCCGAAACGUUCUCCGAUGUGCCCGAUCCGGACAAGUCCACCAUGCCAUUAUGGGCCACAACGCGGCGGUCGGAACCACAAGAGCCUACUCCUCCGAAUACCUCGAUCAAACGGUCGGUGCCAGAUGACUUUGCGACAAAGCCAGACCGGAGUGCUCCCCGUGCCGUACAUAGGGGCCAGGGGUCGGCUCUGGAAACCGUCCAGGAGAUGGCUAGCGAUCAGUCCACGCCCUCGACCGAUACGGUCAUGAACCGACCCCUGACUGAAGAGUCUCAGUUACAAAAGAUCGAUGAAUCGGACGCCACCCCCAAGGCGUCGCGGUUCCACAAUGAGAGUGGCAGCGAUAGUGGAGGGAACAAGAGCUCCGAGCCAAUGGAGGGUCAUCGCCGUCAUUCUGCUUCGAAGACCCGGGGCACCAAUGCUCUUCUUUCCAAGCAGUCCUCGACAUCUUUGAGCGGCGGUCCUCGUGCCAAACCAGCGGAUGGGUCUGUCCGGAACAUGAUUGUCGAGACGGAGACCGUCAGCUCCAUUCCCCAGGUAUCCCUCGCUGUGGCUACCGGGGACCGGGGUAAUACUGGCCGAGUGGAUCCUUCGGGCACUCUUCGCAUGAAAGGUAGCCAGGAGACAAUCCGGGCCAAGAGAGAAAAGAAGCGGGUGCGCAAACCGGCGACCUUGGCCAGCGGCGCUGCAUCCUCCAAAGCGGACAUUUUCGAAGCUAAGGUGGCCAGCGCCGUUGACGAGGCCGAUGUGUCCGACUCGGACGAAACCUUUGUGUACGAGUCCAACCCUCCUGACCCAUAUCCUGUGCGGCAAAACAGAUACCAUUCCCGGACCCCCAGUGCCACCUCCAUGGCCAGCCAGGUGGAUCAGCUGUCUGCGGUUCGCAGUCGGCCGGGAAUCCGGGAUGGCAACCACAGCGUGACCGGCAAACGCAGCAUGAAGUUUACGAAUAAUACGUUUGCUACCGGGCCGGACGACCCUGGCGAGGAGAGUGCCCGAAGCCACUCCCGAGUCGAUAACGGCGGCACCCACACGCCCCGGCACCAUCACAUCGGGCGUUACGGACGCAACAAUAACCUCUAUCCGUCCUUGUUCGAUCACGAGUCACCGUUCCCUCAGCCUCAGACGCACCUCAAGUCGCCCCGGCAUUUUAUCGGCGGUGGGUACCGGCAGUCCCGGCAUCCGGGGUCUCGCGCUGGACCUAACUACCGCACGAUCAGCGGGACCAAAAAGUCGAAUGAUGGCUACGGGUAUGAUUUUGAUGCCGAAGGGGCGGAUGACGAGCGGACGCCGCUGGUAGGGUCCCCCCGAGUGACACGCAGCCGUCAUGGCGCUGGACGACGGCCCAAUAGUGCCAGCCUACGCCAGAUGGAAUACAUGCAACAGCGGCAACGCGGGUACUUUUCGCGGUACGGUGCAUGUGUCAUCAUCAGUCUGUUACUUUUCUUGCUCGUCGGGGGCGUGACGUCGUUCGUGGUGGCCUCCACGAAGGCUCUUGUGGAUGUGGAGAUCCUGGACAUCCAAAACGUUCUUGCUUCCGAGCAAGAGAUUAUGUUGGAUCUCAAUGUACAAGCCGUCAAUCCGAACCUGUUCCCCGUGUCCAUUGACGAUAUGGACAUGAACAUCUUCGCUAAGAGUCGAUUCGUCGGAACCGACGAGCUUUGGCGCAAGCUCAGCACCGACUCGAGUCCCGUCCCCAGAGUGGAGAACAGCCGGAAACGGGCCGAGAUGGCUCUCAUCGCUCGCUGCGCUGGCGAUGCGAGUUGCCUGUUCAACAGCACCCUAUCGCUGCACGGCAAGAAGACCAAGGGCGGCGUGGACAAGGGCACAGAUCCCAUCGAAUCUGAUCCGGCGGGCGAUCCUCAGACUAUGUUGCUCGGUCGGGUGUUCCGAUUUGAUUCCCCUCUGUCUUUCGAGCCGUCGCCAUGGAAUUAUGUUCCUACGGCGUCCAAAGGACAAAUUCGGCUUGCCCGUCCGGGCAACAAGACGGAAGAAGGCGGCACAGAGCGAUGGGAGCGGGUGCUCCAGCAUGAAUUCGAACUAAUCGUCCGCGGUGUGGUCAAAUAUCAACUUCCACUAAGUUCCCGUCUCCACUCAGCAUCCGUCAGUUCUAGCAUUAAGGUAAUCCCUAAUGAGGACGAUGACACGGAUGGGGGUGGCAAGCAUCCGCCGGACAACAAGACCGUCAGUAUCUCUGGGACCAAGUAUUAUCGCCGAGUCCGACUCGCCCGAACCGAAGACGUCGAUAUGUCGGCGGUCGAGGCGUUGAAGAAGACCUUUCGGUCCCUCAAGCGAGCAUUUACGGCGUGAAAUUGGUUUUUCCGUAGCUGUCAGUCAUGAUCGCGUGGCUUCGCAUUACUCAGUUGUGUCUCCUUCCGAUACCUUAUCGUGCUGGGCUCUCGUCUAGACGGUCUUUACCUCCCUGUAUUUUGCGGAAGGUUAAUUUAUCCUGGAUAAGGACUGAAUGACCGGGGUGACCCUUACAUAUGGGGUUGGCCCUCAACCGGAGCAAGGGCUACUCCCCCCUUGUGCC